UUUUGUAAUUGUUCUUCCGCGUUUUUAAAUGUUUUCAUACUGGAAGCCUUGGAGGAGGAGAUUUAUUUCAGUUUUCUAUUAUCUUCUAGGAAUUGCUUUGGUUUUAAUCGUCUGUGUAGUGCUUUCUGCGUUGCAGAAGUUAGACGGUGACAGAACCGAGGACAUGCCAGGGACCGACGGGACGCUGAGGUACUUCAGGGAACUGGGGCUGCUGACAGGAAGUGACGCGGCACAGCUCCAGUGGUGGCACGGGGUCAACAGCCGGAGGGCGCUCGCGCAGGCUCUAAGCGGUCCCUGUCACAUGAUUGAAGCUGAUGUUAACCUUAGAGGUCAUGGACUGGAAGAGCCGAUCAUGGCACAUCCCCCCGACACAGACAGCGACAUCACACUGAAAGAUUGGCUGGACGAGGUGAAGACCAGCAACAAGGGAAUAAAGCUGGACUUUAAGAGCCUGGAGGCCGUGUCUCCGUCCCUGGUCCUGCUGGAGGACAUGCUGGCUGAGCCUCGCCGGCCGGUGUGGAUCAACGCAGACAUCCUCAGUGGACCGGGUGGGACAGCCCGACCCGUGGACUCCCAGGCUUUCCUCUCUAUCGUCACAGCGCUUCCCGUCCAGACGGUGCUGUCUCUUGGUUGGACGACAGGAUGGGCAGCUGGAGGACAGAACCCAGGUUACAGCUGGGACAUGGUGCGUCUGAUGGAGGAGAAAUGUGGGCGCCUGCAUCAUCCCGUCACCUUCCCGGUUCGUGCCGCCCUGCUGCCACAGUCCUUCGCCCAGCUGUCAUGGCUGCUGCAGCAGUCGGAGAGGUACAGCCUGACCGUGUGGACGGGCCGACAGGACGAGGUGCCUCUGCAGGACCUGAAGCUCUACAGGAAGCAGCUGGAUGGGAGCAGGAUGUACUUGGACCUGCCGGACUCUCUGAAAGCAGAACUCUCUGUGGUUUCACUUGAGGCUGAGUAAAGACUUUGUUUUUACCACUAGAGGACAAUCAGCGUCGACUGAGGAGUUUAACAGUUAAAUCCAUCACAUAUUGUCUUUUUUUAUAUGGUAGCUGAAGCUGAAUGACGAUAAAACUCUGUCCUGAUGCUGCCUGUUCAAACCAGACCGACUGCAGCCCUUAGAACCUGAUAUAAAGAUGUUAUUGUUUAAUCUUCAGGUUUUUAUGUUUUGGCUUUAUAAACAGGAUGAAACCCAGACACCAAAGUGUUGGUCCUAAACCUUUCUGCUUUCUCAAAGAAACAGGUUUUCACUGGUGUCAGUGUUCCAGCAUGAAGCUGGGAGGAGGAGAUUCAGAGGUCAGG